UAGAGCACAACAGCUACUGCUGAUACAUCAACAGAAAGCGGCAAAAUGGAGCAUAGCUAUAUGCGUGAUAAUUCGGUUAAAUCUUUGAGUGUAGAUAUAACAAAUGGCCUGCAACCGGCAAGGACCAUACUUGUACGUCGUCCACCUCAGUGUCCCUCGUGUCAUACACAUCCAUUGGAUGAACAAGAUUUAAAUGAAUGCAAUCAAGCCUGUAUACCCGCGUACAAUGAAAUUGCAGCCAAGGAGAUGAUGAAUGAAUGUGCACGCAUUGCAAAAUAUGUUAAAAAUAUUAAUCCUGAUGAUGAGGACUGGGAAAUGAGAAUAAAUCAAAUUGGCUGGUCAAAUAUGCAAAAAAAUCUAUUUGCCAAAGUUGUACGCAUAUUGGACAAUGAUCAGUUGGGACGUUUAGCCAAUCAGGGUCGACCGAAUGAACCAAUGCAACGACGUGUUGUUGUGGAUAAAUCAGCUGCACGCAUGCGCAAAGCCUUGGCUUCCGUUGGCUGGGAAUCACGAUUAACUCAAUGGUUGCAUUGCUUGCUAAUGGAUUCAUUGCCCGCAACCUAUAUGGCUUCAUAUUUGGAUAUCUUGCAAACUCUGAAAUCAAAAUUACCCACCCUAAUGGAUAAAAUGUUGUUUGGACGACCGCUCAAUAUAAGUCAAGAGCUGUUGGCGCCUGUAUUGAAAAAGAAAUGGGAACCACAAAUUGCAACUAAAACAAGAAAAUUGCCACAGAAUUCGAUAAUAGUGGCGUUGCCUUCAAUGCCUACAAGUGGUCCUGUACCAAAUCGUUUACAGAAAUGGUAUCAACAUUUGGCAACCAUAACACAGAUUGUGCAAGUCACAUUACCCAUGACAAGUGGCCAUAUUUCCCGCCAACCACUGGAACAAGUAGCGGAGCAAAUAGUUUCAUUGACUCGUGUUAAAAUUCUUGAAUUGCGCAAUGAAAAUCCACAACGUAGCAUAAUAUUGAUUGGCUUUAAUGCUGGAGCAUCUUUGGCUUUACAAGUGGGCAUGUCGGAGAAUGUGGCUUGUAUUGUCUGUAUGGGUUUUGCCUACAAUACCUACAAUGGGGUACGUGGUACACCUGAUGAUCGUAUUUUAGAUAUCAAAGUACCAAUACUUUUUGUUAUUGGACAAAAUUCAGCCAGAUCAAGCCCCGAAGAAAUUGAAUCUUUGCGUGAAAAAAUGCAAUCUGAAUCAUCUUUAGUUGUUGUUGGCAGUGCCGAUGAUGCCUUAAGGGUACCCAAAUCAAGGCGAAAAAUUGAAAAUGUUACCCAAGCUAUGGUCGAUACCAUGGUUGUCGAUGAGGUAUACGAUUUCAUUAAGAAAGUCUUAACAAAUCCUCCCGGACCACGUAUACCCACUUCGAUUAGUAGUAGCAUUUAUAAUAAACAAAAUAAAUCAUUGGCUGGCGAGAAGAGUGCAGGGCAGCAACGUAAACGUAAAAAUGAUACAAUGGACUCGGAUGGUACUCCAGCAAAAACAAAACAUUUGGAUAAGAAAUCAAAAUCUAUCAAGAAACCAAAAAUUCAAGAUCCUUUUCAAGUCAAAAGAAAGGUAGGCAGACCACGUACACGACCCUUGCCAAAUUCUACGGGCACAACACCUACAGGCAAACUUAACCAAAUACACACUUCAACACCGGUAAUGAUUGGUAAAACUCAACCGAAAAUAACAAAAGUGUCGACAACAAAUGAUGAUCUCGGCAUGACAAUGAAAUCUGUUAUGUCCGAUCCAAAUGAUGCCGAUACCAGUUUGAAUAUGAGUACAAUCAGUAAUGAUUCCAACUCCAACAAGUUGGUGACAAACUUUGAGUUGGUUACUCAGUCGGGUAAGACAACACCACUAAAGACCACAGUCAUAAAUGCCCCUCAAAAACAAUUGGUUAUAGGUGGUGGCAAUACAUCGACUUCAAUUGGUACUAAAAUCAAAAUGAUACCAUCAAACCAAUUUGUACAAUUAAAACCAACAACACUGCAAUCACAAUCAAAAAUCUACACCAUUAAAACGGGAUCGAUAGUGGCUCAAAAUCAAGGUGAUGUGUUAUCGGGAGGACCUCGUAUUGGUAGCAUUGUCACCACAAGUCCUAGUACAGCAAGUACUGGUCAACACAUAUUUACCCUUAAAACUCCGACGGGUCAGACAACACAAUUUGCCACAGCUGUGGGUAGUCAACCAAAAUAUACAGUUAUUAAGAAUACGACUGGAAACACGACUCUACAAUUGUCCGGCACGGCCAAGACAUUGCAUCCCAUUGGAUCAACAACAUCAUUGGGGGCUGCAUCGCCAUCAACCUCAGCCAGUAAUCUGGAUAUAUCGAAUAUUAUUGAUAUGCCAAUUGUGUUUGCCGACAAUGAGGGAAAUAUCUCAGAAGGUGUGGAAACAAAACCAGCUACUACAACUAUUAAACCAGGUUAGUAGGAAACAUGCAAUUGCAUACACUGACUUUUGCUAAUUCAUUUCUCUCCCUUAGCUUCGUCAGGUGUUGGCCAAUUAAUAAUUAGUCAAAAAAUCAUCAAAGAGGCAAACGCACCAACCAUAUCCACCAGUGGUGGUUCAACCAGCGGCAGUGGUACAUAUGUUAUAAAUAAACCCGGUACCAUAAUACAACCACAACAAUUGGGUACCAAUAAACCCAACAAGGUUGUCUUUAUCAAUCGCAAUACCAUGAAACCUUGUCCCAGCAUUAUAUCGCGUACAAGUUUACCUCAACAAAUCCCCAAAUAUACCAAAGUUGUGGUGACGAAUUCUAAAUCUCCAACAGGUGCUUCAAUUAUACCCAGAGCGGGGGCACAUUUAACCAGCACCGGUCUUGGCACCAGUAGUACAUCUCCAUUAGCAUCAACGGUAAAGAAAAUCAAUAUACAACCAUUAAGUUCCGCCUCAUCUACAUCAAAUUCUCCCACAACAACACCAACACGUUCCUCGGCUGGUAUACUUAAUGUUCAAACAAAGAAUUUGCCACAAAUACAAAUAAUCAAUAAUCCCAAUGCCACACUUAUAUCCACGGACAAACCCCAAAUACGCAACAUUGUGGUGAAGCCUGGCGGACUUAAACAAUUGCCGCCACACUUGACCAGUCAGCUGUUGAAUCGUAAUCUCACUGUUCGAAAAUUAGUAAACUUAGUGGCGGCUACUAAGUCAACUACCAUUACAGGGGUAUCUCCUGGUGUAACGAUUACUUCAUCGCCAGUACCUCCUAGUAGCCUUGUUGCGGUUAAUCCCACAUCGACAGAAACGGAACCUUCGUCAUCGACCUCUAGCACAACAAUACAAACCUCACCGAAGAUAAUCACAUUAAAUCCACUAAGUCGCACGUCUACACCGACAACAACAAAAAGUGAUUAA